UGGUCGUUGAUGUGCAUCUGGUUUGAUUUGUUGGCAUCGAUUCUGUGGGAUUGCCGACAGUCAGUGGCGUUAUCAUUUGUCGUGGUGGCCAUCUUCGCUCUGAUUCAUAUAAGAUUCGUGUCUGUGAUGGCACUGUUGUCGAUAGUGGUCAUUGUGGUGUGUUCGGUUGCAUUCGUGGUGCAGUUGGGAUGGGUUAUCGGCGUGUUGGAGGCGGUUAUUUUGGUGCUUGUCGUGGGUCUUUCGUUCGAUUUCACAUUGCAUUACGGGGCAUCAAUCCCACGAAAAGGUUGCGCAAAGCAUCGAGUCACUGUGGCCAUCCAGAAAUCGGCAAUACCAGUAGCGCUAGCCGCGUUGUCAUCGAUUAUUGCCGGUGUAACGAUGUUAGCAGCCGAAACGCACGCAUUUUAUCAGGUCGGCGUAUUCUUGGUGACAUCGACGAGUGUCAGUUGGUUGUAUUCAACGUUCUUCUUCUUACCCCUUCUGACAUUUUUCUUGUCAUCGUCAAAAGAGUGUGUGCAUUGUACUAAGGAAACACGAUGCAUAUUCCCGUUGGCUACCACAACAGAUAUAACUUUACAUAUGAACGGUCAUAUGGCGAAGUAG